AAUUGUGGAAGUAUAAUGAGCUUGUAUACUAAUACUAAGCUCAGAGAAAACCGGCUUGCGACAACAACAACCUGUUGCCGGAUAAACACGGCCAAAUAUCUCAAAGCAUUCAGUUUCAGUUCGACCGUAAAGCAAGAAAGAAGGUUCUCGCCAACGCUGUCGAUUAUCACCACCGAACUGCGGUUUCGCUAUCAUUUGACUUUGAUUCUGACUUUUCUGGUCAGUAAUAAUAACAAUUUGCGCACCAUGAAAUCGUUCGUCGCCGUACCCGAAAACAAUGACUUUCCUAUCCAGAACCUGCCGUACGGUGUAUUCUCCACCCAAGAAGAUUCUCGCCACCGGUUGGGUGUCGCCAUCGGGGAGCUCAUUCUGGACCUUGGAGCCGUGAAAAGUUUCUAUCCCGUGCAGUUUCAUGAUGCACUAACGGCAACCGUAUUGAACCCACUCAUGGCCCUAGGCUACGAUGCAUGGGCCGAAGUGCGUCAAAUCACUCAAAACCUCCUACUGGAAGGUUCAGAAUUGCACAAAAACCAGAAGCUUCAGCUCACGGCCCUUGUUCCGCAAUCAGCCGUCCAGAUGCAUUUGCCUGCCAACAUUGGUGAUUAUACUGACUUUUACUCGUCCAUCCACCACGCGACCAACGUUGGUAUUAUGUUCCGAGGCAAAGACAAUGCUCUCAUGCCAAACUGGAAGCACCUUCCCGUAGGAUAUCACGGUCGCGCCAGUUCGGUGGUUGUGUCGGGAACACCAGUUCGCAGACCACUCGGUCAAACGCUGCCAGUUGAUGGAGCGGAUCCAGCGUUCGGCCCAUGCCGUUUAUUCGAUUUUGAACUGGAAAUGGCAUUCUUUGUCGGAGGCCCACCAACUCAACUCGGCGAACGAGUCACCACCGAAGAAGCCGCAAAACGUGUCUUUGGCUUUGUGCUGAUGAACGAUUGGAGUGCUCGCGACAUUCAAAAGUGGGAAUACGUUCCUUUGGGACCGUUUACGGCGAAAAAUUUGGGAACGACCAUCUCUCCAUGGGUCGUCACUGUUGCAGCGCUGGAACCGUACAAAGUGGAAAAUUUUCCGCAGGUACCCGAACCAUUCCCAUACCUGCGACACGAGCAAAAAUUCAACUUCGACAUCAAACUGGAAGUGGACAUUAAGCCUGCUAAGGGUGUCUCGACUACUGUCUGCCGGUCGAACUAUAAAAACCUGUAUUGGACGGCGCUGCAGCAAAUCGCGCAUCACACUGUUACCGGCUGCAAUGUGAACCCAGGUGAUUUAAUGGCAUCUGGUACAAUCAGCGGCGACGCCUCGGACUCAUUUGGAUCGAUGUUAGAGUUGAGCUGGAAGGGUACCAAACAGGUACAACUACUGGGCGGAGAAAGUAGGAAAUUUCUGCAGGACAAUGACGAAGUCUUAAUCCGCGGUCACUGCCAGAACGACGAAGUGAGGAUUGGAUUUGGGUCGUGUACUGGAGUGGUUCUACCAGCGAAACCGUUUGAAUAAGAUGUUUUUGGAAAUGCAAAGCACAAUGAAAUAAUUGUUACCAUUAUGAGUUUUGGAAAUAAAAUAAGAAGCAUAAACCUA